CACUGUCUUUCAAGUUUCAUCUCACCACAGACAAACAAAGAAACAAACAAAAUCACUCUAACUGUAACCUUCCCUCCAAGAAGCCAAGUUGGCAAGUAGACCCACAAAACAAGACAAGUAAUGUAGAGACUAGAGAGUCUCAUGCAUUGCAAUUUGCAACCGCACACGUGCUCAUUACUCCCUCCCUCACUCUCUCCGUCUUCCCCUUCUCUCUCUUCACUCUCGCCACUCGCCACUCGCCACUCACCACUCACCACUCACCACCCUCAUCAUGAAGUCCCACAUCGCUUUUCUCCUCUCAUGUUUCCUAAUCCUCUACGCGCACGCCCAGGACGCCCCCGCAAUGCUCGCUCUUAAAACCACCCUCAACCCGCCCCAAUCCCUCGGCUGGUCCGACCCGGACCCGUGCCGGUGGAAACACGUCGUGUGCUCCGAGCAAAAGCGGGUCACCCGGAUCCAAAUCGGUCACCAGGGCCUCCAAGGAACACUCCCCAACAGCACCGUGAUCCAAACUUUGACCCAAUUGGAACGGUUGGAGCUCCAAUUCAACAACAUUUCGGGUCCUCUCCCGAGCCUAAACGGGUUGAGUUCGCUCCAAGUCCUCAUUCUCAGCAACAACCGAUUCACUUCCAUUCCCGACGACUUCUUCGCCGGCUUGCCGGAGCUCCAGAGCGUCGAGAUCGACAACAACCCCUUCAAGCCUUGGAAAUUUCCCGACACCAUUGUCAACUCUUCCUCGCUACAAAACUUCUCCGCGAAUUCCGCCAACGUUGUCGGAGCACUCCCGGAGAUUUUCUCGAGUCUUCCCACGUUGACCCAUUUGCACUUGGCCUUCAACAAUCUCGAGGGUGUGUUGCCUCUGAGCCUUUCAAGCUCUCAGGUUGAGACUUUGUGGCUGAACGGGCAGAAGGGUAACAACCUUGGUGGCAAUGUUGGUGUUUUGCAGAACAUGACAUCGUUGACGCAGGUUUGGUUGCAUUCCAACGCGUUCACUGGGCCUCUUCCUGAUUUUUCUGGGUUGCAAAGUUUGCAGGAUUUGAACUUGAGGGAUAAUUCUUUCACGGGUCCUGUUCCUGGCUCUUUGUUGGGAUUGAAAUCGCUUAAAGUUGUGAAUUUGACUAAUAACUUGUUUCAGGGGGCAGUGCCUGAGUUUGGUUCUGGGGUUGAGGUGGAUUUGGAUUUGGGUGAUGAUUCGAAUAGCUUUUGUUUGCCACGUGUCGGGGAGUGUGAUCCCAGGGUGGAGGUUUUGCUUUCUGUUGUGAGGGUUUUGGGGUAUCCUAGAAGGUUUGCUGAGGAUUGGAAGGGGAAUGAUCCUUGUGCUGAUUGGAUUGGGGUUACUUGUAACGGUGGUGGGGAUAUUACUGUUGUUAAUUUUCAGAAGAUGGGUCUUGAGGGUUCUAUAGCUCCGGAGUUUGCUUUGCUUAAGUCAUUGCAAAGGCUUGUGCUUGCUGAUAAUAAUCUCACAGGGUCUAUUCCUGAAGAGCUAGCUUCUUUGCCCGGGCUUGUUGAAUUGAAUGUUACAAACAAUAGGCUUUAUGGGAAGAUUCCUAGUUUUAAGAGCAAUGUGGUUGUUACCACUAAUGGGAAUAAGGAUAUUGGGAAAGAUAAGCCCAGUCCAGGACCAACAUCAUCACAUUUAGGUCCACUAAACUUGACAACUCCAAACACAAUGGAAGAAAAUGGUGGGAGAAGAUCUUCACAUGUCGGGGUGAUUGUGUUUGCUGUGAUUGGUGGUGUGGUGUUGGUUUUUGUGAUUAGUUUCUUGGCUUUUUGUUUGUUUAGGAUGAAGCAGAAACGGCUGAGCAAGGUGCAAAGUCCUAAUGCAUUGGUUAUUCACCCGCGGCAUUCUGGAUCGGAUAAUGAGAGUGUGAAGAUAGCGGUUGCGGGUUCAAGUCUCAGUGUUGCUGAUAUUAGUGGAAUUGGAAUGCAAAGUAGGAGUGAGGCAGGGGAUAUCCAGAUGGGUGAAGCUGGAAACAUGGUUAUUUCUAUACAGGUUCUGAGGAAUGUCACUGACAACUUCAGUGAGAAGAAUAUACUGGGACAAGGAGGUUUCGGAACUGUUUACAAAGGUGAACUGCAUGAUGGCACAAAGAUUGCAGUGAAAAGGAUGGAGUGUGGGGCAAUAAGUGGAAAAGGUACAACAGAAUUCAAGUCUGAAAUUGCUGUUUUGACCAAGGUUCGCCACCGGCAUCUUGUUUCUCUUCUUGGUUACUGCUUGGAUGGGAAUGAGAAGCUUCUUGUGUACGAAUACAUGCCUCAGGGGACAUUAAGUAAGCACCUUUUUAACUGGAUGGAAGAAGGACUGAAGCCACUGGAGUGGAAUAGAAGAUUGACCAUUGCCUUGGAUGUGGCAAGGGCUGUUGAGUAUCUUCAUAGCUUGGCCCAUCAAAGCUUUAUUCAUAGGGACUUGAAGCCUUCAAACAUUCUCCUUGGAGAUGAUAUGAGGGCAAAGGUUUCAGAUUUCGGCCUUGUGCGACUUGCUCCUGAAGGCAAAGCUUCUAUAGAAACAAGGAUUGCAGGAACUUUUGGAUAUUUGGCACCAGAAUAUGCAGUUACAGGUCGUGUGACAACUAAAGUUGAUGUGUUCAGCUUUGGGGUAAUAUUGAUGGAACUAAUAACCGGAAGAAGAGCACUUGAUGACAGUCAACCAGAGGAUAGCAUGCACCUUGUAACAUGGUUCCGUAGAAUGUAUGUAAACAAAGACUCAUUCCACAAGGCUAUUGACCACACAAUUGAGCUCAAUGAGGAAACACUUGCGAGCAUUCACACCGUGGCUGAGUUAGCUGGCCACUGUUGUGCAAGGGAGCCAUAUCAAAGGCCUGAUGCAGGUCAUGCCGUUAAUGUGCUUUCUUCUCUUGUGGAACUUUGGAAACCAUCUGAUCAAAGUUCUGAAGAUGUAUAUGGCAUUGAUUUAGACAUGUCUUUGCCACAAGCAUUGAAGAAGUGGCAGGCUUAUGAAGGUAGAACCGAAAUGGAGUCUUCUUCUUCUUUGCUCCUUCCUCCUAGCUUGGAUAACACUCAUACAAGCAUACCUACGCGUCCAUUUGGAUUUGCUGAGUCUUUCACAUCAGCAGAUGGUAGGUGAUCAUGCUUGAUUGUAAAUAUACUUGUAACUGUUGGUGGUUCUGUAGUUUAUUUCCAUUCUCAUUGCUUCUUGCUGCCUUUUCUAUUUGAACUUGUCUAUCAUUUUUCUUUUUGUAGUCUCAUCCACGAGAGAAAAUUAUCCGGUAAUCUAAUACUUGGACCAACCAAGUAUCUAUAGUCCCACUUAAUUUUUUGAUUCCUUCCACGGUUAAUGUUACUUCUUCAGCUUUUGUUAUCAA